CCACGCACACACCUCCUCCCGCGACUUCAACAACCCAAAGCCAUCCACAACAACUCCCAGCCUCCCACCAAACCAGCCAACAACCUGCUGGAAGAAGACCAUGGCGACCCCGUUCUGCGCCGCCGCGUGCCGCUUCCCCGUCGCCGCCCGGCCCAGCGCGCAGGCGCCGAGGCCCCGGCGCGGCGUGGUGGCCGUGCGGGCAGAGGCGGCGGGCGCGGGCGGCGGGAUAAACCCGGCCAUCAGGAAGGAGGAGGACAAGGUGGUCGACACCGUCCUCACCGGCGAGCUCGCCAAGCCGCUCACCGCCUACUGCCGGUGCUGGAGAUCAGGAACAUUCCCACUGUGUAAUGGAGCCCAUGUGAAGCACAACAAAGCAACUGGUGAUAAUGUGGGGCCCCUGCUCGUUAAGAAGUAGAUGGAGUUUCUAGUUCUAGGGUUAUGUUGAGCGUUGAGCUGAGUACUAUCCGUGUGUCAUGAUAUAUGAUUUUUCUUAAAGUGUACAACUAUAACAUCCUAUCACGGCUGCAUCGAUCCUUCAAUCAGAAAAUAAAAUGAGUUGCUCAUGAUACGACAGCUUCAGGUCUGUGGAAAGCGUCGAUGAGAGAUGAGAUGAUACAUGUAGCCCCGAGAGAUGGAUAAUCAUCGAAAUAUGUAGCACUCGGUGAUGGCCAAUGAAGUUAUGAGCUUGUGAUUUUC